CACCAACCACCGCUUCUGCGUCUCUGCGGAAUGUCAGCUUGAAUGUCGCAAUCACGAAGCGGGCUCGCAGCAUCUCACCGCUAGAUUUCAGUCACACAAUGACGAGCCGAGACAUGCGAUCAGAUGGAUCCCCGAAGCAUGCGCAGGAUGAGGAUGUCGCCACUGAUGACAGGCAGGCCGGACGCGGCGAAUACGCCAAAAUUUCAAGAACGCCGCCGCCCGUUCGACUUUGGGCCCCCACAUCGAUGGCUCAGCAGUGUCUUUCCCGUACGCGGCAUGAUGAAACCAGCCGACCAGCGCGACGAGAGUUGGUAUGGCUCUCAAAUGCGAUACAAUCAUCAGCGCCACGCCCUUGGACAAUCGCCUCGAUCCUACACAGCAUCCACUCGCCACCACGGUGGAACAGCUGAGGCGGCGUAGUGUCUGGCUGUGCCCCUGUGUGUACCUUGUCGUUACGGUCACUUCGAUGUGCUUGCGUGCGCUCAACGCCUCGAGAGAUAUGCGACAUUGUCACCACACUGAAUCUUGCCACCCGGACACGCUUGGCGGCGGCAUUCUGAUGAUCGCACGCGUUCCGCUCCGAUCGAGUUGUACCGUACAUUGGGGCAGGCUGUGCUGACAUAAAGCAAGGGCCACAGGUCGCCCUCCCCCUGGAAGAUGCAUCAACUCCAACCCCAUUUCAAGCCUCUUUCAGCAUUGGCACUACUGCUCAAGCGGCUCAUCGUCGUUGCGGACUUGGACUUGGGAAC